AUGAUAAACUGGGACAGUAGUAGAAAGAAUGAAGUGCAUCAGAAAUUUCAUGAAGGACGUGGUCCAAUUGAGAGGACUGCCCAUAACAAGAACUUCACGGCCACAAUCAGUGAAGGACAUAAAACAUCUUGGAAAACCGCCCUUUUUACAUCCACUAUUUGUGCAAAGCAGUGUGCAUCUGUAAGCAGAAGUUCCAAUCAAACAUGCAAACAUACAUAUUUGUGCAACGAAAAUUUGGAACAUUUGGAAAGUUACCUCGUCCACGCUGAAAACAAUGCUUUGAACCAUUGUGAAAGUGGGAUUGGAUUGACCUUUCAGUCAAAUAGUUCUAAAACUCAAAGAUUCAAAAAUGAAGAUGAAAGGCCUAGGACGUCUCAAUUUGGGAGGUGCUUCACAGAGGAGGUGACCCUACAACAUUACCAGUGCGUUUUCAUUGGAGAUACACUGGCUCAAUACAGUGGAUCUGAGACACAGUCUAACCAGGGAUCCCAUGUUAUCAAAUGUCUGAGGACUCCUCUGCAAGAAAACCAUUUUGAAUCUAAUAAAGAUGAGGAAGUCUUUUACCCAAACUCCAAAUGUACCAAUAGUAAUAGUACACAGAGGGGAGAAAUUACUUCUAAAUAUGAUGAAUGUGGGAAAGCACUGAAGCAGUCCUUCAGUAUUGCUGAUCAUCAAAGGAUUCGUGUGGGGGAGAACCCAUACACAGGUAACGAAUCUGGAAAAAUGUUUAGUCAAUCAUUAAGUCUAAAUACCUGUAAAACAAGUGGUACUGGAGAGAAAAGGUACAUUUGCAAGGAAUGUGGCAAAACCUUUGACAGGCACUCAACACUAUCUCAACAUCAGCAAACACAUACUGCAAAGAAAAUUGACAAAUGUGAAGAAGGUGGUCAAACCAUUAAGGAUGGGUCAUCACUUCACGCACACAGUCAAAUACAUACUGCACAGAAACCUUACAAAUGUCAAGAAUGUGGCAAGGCCUUUAACCAGCAAUCAUCCCUUACUCAGCAUCACAGAAUCCACACUGGAGAGAAACCUCACAAAUGUCAAGAAUGUGGCAAGGUCUUUAGCCAGCAAUCAUCCCUUAGUCAACAUCACAGAACGCAUACUGGAAAGAAACCUCACAAAUGUCAAGAAUGUG